GCGAGUGCGCUGCGUCGGCCCGAUGGGGGUAAUCGAGGGUUUCGGGGACGCCGAGCGGCGCUUUCCUCUUCCCAGUGAGUGAGAGAGGGAAAUCGGCGGCUCUCGUGCCCGGCCACUUUCCCUGGUCGAUUCCUGGAGCUCCCUGCAGGAGGUGAAAGUCCCGGCGGGUCCGGAUGGCGUAGUUGUGCCGCGGCGCAGCAGCUGCCGGAGCUCGCGGCCGCCGACCGCUGGGCGGGGAAACUUUCCUCCAACUUGCGGCGGGUGGAUCUCCGCUUGACACACCGCCUCCGAGGCGAUUUGAAAAUUGGGAAGGAGGACUUUUAAGGCUACUUCUGAUUUGCCAACACUGUCUACAGUCUGAAGCUGAGGUGACUGAAUGGGGCACACUUUUAGAGAAAUAAAAAUGCCUUCUCACUAUGUGAUGGCCUUGUUUGCACUGAUGAGUUCCUGUGUGGCCACUACAGGUCCGGAGCCCAGUACCCAGUGUGAGUUGUCGCCCGUCAAUGCCUCCCAUCCGGUGCAGGCCUUGAUGGAGAGCUUCACUGUCUUGUCAGGGUGUGCCAGCAGAGGGACAAUGGGGCUGCCGCAGGAGGUGCACGUCCUGAACCUCCGUGCUGCUGACCCGGGGCUCGGCCAGCCCCAGAAAGAGGUCACUCUGCACCUCAAUCCUAUCUCCUCCGUCCACAUUCACCACAAGCCUGUCGUGUUCCUGCUCAACUCCCCACAGCCCCUGGUCUGGCAUCUGAAGACAGAGAGGCUUGCAGUUGGGGUCUCUAGACUUUUCUUGGUGUCUCAGGGUUCCAUGGUCCAAUUUUCAUCAGGAAACUUCUCCUUGUCAGCAGAAACAGAAGAAAGGAGCUUCCCCCAUGGAAAUGAACAUCUGUUAAAUUGGGCUCGAAAGGAGUACGGAGCAGUCACUUCAUUCACUGAACUCAAGAUAGCAAGAAACAUUUAUAUUAAAGUGGGAGAAGAUCAAGUGUUCCCUCCCACAUGCAACAUAGGGAAGAAUUUUCUCUCGCUCAAUUACCUUGCUGAGUACCUUCAGCCCAAAGCAGCAGAGGGUUGUGUGAUAUCCAGCCAGCCCCAGGAUAAGGAAGUACACAUCAUUGAGUUAAUUACCCCCAACUCUAACCCCUACAGUGCUUUCCAGGUGGACAUAAUAAUUGACAUAAGACCUUCUCGAAAGGACCUUGAGGUGGUCAAAAAUCUCAUCCUGAUCUUGAAGUGCAAAAAGUCUGUCAACUGGGUGAUCAAGUCUUUUGAUGUUAAGGGAAACCUGAAAGUUGUUGCUCCUAACAGUAUUGGCUUUGGGAAAGAGAGUGAAAGAUCCAUGAUAAUGACCAAAUCAAUAAGAGAUGACAUUCCUUCAACCCAAGAGAAUCUGGUCAAGUGGGCUUUGGACAACGGCUAUAGUCCAGUAACAUCAUAUACAAUGGCUCCUGUGGCUAAUAGAUUCCAUCUUCAGCUUGAAAACAAUGCUGAGGAAAUGAGAGAUGAGGAAGUCCAUACCAUCCCUCCUGAGCUACGGAUCUUGCUGGACCCUGUCCCCCUGCCUGCCCUGGAGAACCCACCCAUCCGAGGAGGCGGAGGCCGAAAUGGAGGUUUCCCCUUUCCUUUCCCCGACAUCUCCAGGAGAGGCCAGAAGGGAGGAGGAGCAGAUGGGAUCCCCCGGCCAAAGACCCCGGUCAUCCCCAGCAUACAACUGUUUCCUGAUCCCACAGAGCCCGAGGAGGUGCAAGGGAACAUGGAGGUUGCCCUGUCAGUCAGAUGUGAUGAUGAGAAGAUGAUCGUGGCUGUAGAAAAAGAUUCUUUUCAGGCCAACAGCUACUCAGGGAUGGAGCUCACCCUGUUGGAUCCUACCUGCAAGGCCAAGAUGAAUGGCACCCACUUCAUUUUGGAGUCUCCCCUGAAUGGCUGUGGUACUCGUCACCGGCGGUCAGCCCCAGAUGGUGUGGUUUACUAUAAUUCCAUUGUGAUACAGGUUCCAUCACCUGGAGAUAGUAGUGGCUGGCCAGACGGUUACGAAGAUCUGGAGUCAGGCGAUAAUGGAUUUCCAGGAGAUAUGGACGAAGGCGAUACCUCCUUCUUCAGCCGACCUGAAAUUGUGGUGUUUAAUUGCAGCCUGCGGCAGGUGGGGAAUCCCAAUAGCUUCCAGGACCCACCCAACAGAAACAUCACUUUCAACAUGGAGCUGUACAACACUGACCUCUUUCUCGUGCCCUCUCAGGGGGUCUUCUCCGUGGCAGAGAAUGGACACAUUUAUGUUGAGGUAUCUGUUACUAAGGCUGACCAAGAAUUGGGAUUUGCCAUCCAAACGUGCUUUAUCUCUCCAUAUUCAAACCCUGAUAGGAUGUCUGAUUACACCAUCAUUGAAAACAUUUGUCCUAAAGACGAAUCUGUGAAAUUUUACAAUCCCAAGAGGGUGCACUUUCCUAUCCCACAAGCUGAGAUGGACAAGAAGCGAUUCAGCUUUGUGUUUAAGUCCAUUUUCAACACCUCACUGCUCUUUCUACAAUGUGAGCUCACGUUGUGCACCAAGAAGGAAAAAGACCCCCAGAAGUUACCUAAGUGUGUGCCCCCGGAUGAAGCCUGCACCUCACUGGAUGCCUCAAUGAUCUGGGCCAUGAUGCAGAAUAAGAAGACAUUCACCAAGCCCCUCGCUGUGAUCCACCAGCAAGCAGAAGCUAAAGAAACAGGUCCAAGCAUUAAGGAACCGAGUCCAAUUUCUCCACCAGUUUUCCACGGUCUGGACACCCUCACCGUGAUGGGCAUUGCGUUUGCGGCGUUUGUGAUCGGAGCGCUCCUGACGGGGGCCCUGUGGUACAUCUAUUCUCACACAGGGGAGACGGCGGGCAGGCAGCAAGUCCCCACGACGCCGCCGGCCUCGGAGAACAGCAGCGCGGCGCCCAGCAUCGGCAGCACGCAGAGCACGCCCUGCUCCAGCAGCAGCGCCGCCUAGCCGUGGCGCCGCCAGCGCCAGCCCGGGGCCCGCAGCGCGGCCGCGGCCUCGGAGGACGGCGUCGCCGCGCCCCUGCGAAGAGGGAGGGAUUUCCCUGCCGAGACCACCUGUCGUAUUCGUCCCCGCCCCCCCAGGGCUAACCCCCGUGUGACCCCUGGACUUCCGUAGCGCACUAGAACUCACGCGAGAAAGCCGAGGUGGCGGCCUUCUCCACCAGCCCCGCACAGGCUUGGGGGCUUUCAAUGUGAAACACAUGCCAGUUUUCAAAAUGCUGCUUUGUCCAGGUAAGACUAUCCGUAAAUUGGGGCCCUGAGAUUUAUCCUGACGCGAGGAGUCGGUAAGAGGAUAAGAAGCAGGCAGUAGGACCCGUGAGGAGAUACGGCCGAAGGUUCUUGGGUAACUGAACCAAGAUGUAAGACGACAGGAGUACUUCAGGAUUUUCUAAGUGUGUUCCUCCACGUCUAAUCUGCACCUUCUGGAUGCACACUUCUCACUUUGCUGUCACACCCUCUAGGGGCUGACGUUCUCGGCUUGACGGGUGCUGCCCUCGGGGACUGCAUCCUGACACACAUCACAGCAACAUUCCUUUCUGGUGCCCUGGGCCAAAACCCGAGCUGAUGACCUUAUCAGCUUCCCCCUUCUCCCGCACUCGCACACCGACUGCAAAAAUGUCUUAAUGCAAAUUUUGUAUUUCUUUAUAAGUAGAUAGAAAUUGAAAAUGGCCAAAGUCUGGGACUGCAGAUUUGUGCCCAUUUAUGACCUUGUGUUCGGAAAAACUCAUGCAUAGAUGGGGGCAAAUUUAAUUUUAAAGUAGAAGAGGAAUUUGCACAGUAAGGUAUAUGCAAGGACAGGUAUAGACUGUGUCAUCUGGCACAUUCGUUUUCUCAGUUAAAAAAGAGAAUUCAUUCCCCUUUUUAAAAUGCCCUAUGCCUCCGAGUUGGAACUUACUCUCAAAUGUAUUUGGGAGAAUUCGUGUUUCCACUCAAAACACGUCAACCUUUUUAAUAGACCCUUUUGUACAAAGCGAAGCUCUUGUUCGUGCAAAUGCACAGCAGAUCCUGUUGGAUUCCGGUUGGUUAUCUGAACAGUGUCACCAAGUCUGCCAAGAAAGUGCUGAGAUCUGGAAAAGGGCACUCAUUUGGGACUGCUUUAGUUCUCUUGCCUUAAAUGUUUUCCAAACUCAAAAAGGAUUUGAGGUGGAUUUCAUUAAAAUGGAAUAAUAUGAUGCCACUUUGCAGCUAAAAUAAGCUCAACUGAUACCUCUGUGUUAAAAAAAAAAAAAGACUGCCAGAGGGAAAUUUCCAUGCCAAUUCAUUUACUACUGAGGAUAGCUUCAUUGCAGGUAAAUAUUAACCUUUUUCCAGAAUUCUCCCCAAAAUGACUCAGAAACCUACAGAGAAGGCUAGAUUCUACCCCAAAAUAUUCAUAAACAAAUCUCGCCGCCCUUAAAAUAAGGAAGUUGUGCCUAGUUCACUGAAUGGAACCCUAAGUAGAAAAUGUUGAUGACACCCAAGACCUGAAGGCAGUGUCUAAAAGGCACACAAGUAGGUGGAGAUACUGAGAGUCAUUGUUAGGAUACUGAUAGAUCAUACUAGUCACUGAUAGGACAGAUAUAUUACCCACUCAUAGAGUAAUACUCUGCUUUGAGAAGUGUGGAUACUCAAUCUGGAUAAUAUGAACCAAAACAGAUUACUUGAGAGCUACGAUUUCGAGGCUAUCUACAUUGAUUUCUUGAAAAUUUUGCAGAUUUCCACAUACAAAAGAAGAUAUGAGAUUAGAGAAUUUAUUUCCUUCAGUUAACUUUUUAACACAAGGGUAUCAGAAUGGAGGAAUUAGAUGAUGCUACCUGUGUUUGAAAAUAAUGCGCUUUGCCUAACCUUCAGCAGAAUGUAUUGUUUUAGCAUAUUCUAUGUAUAAAAAAGUUUAAAGAUGUCUUCAAGGAAGACUAGAGUCUUUAAGUCACUUAUAGCUAUAUUUUACUACAAAAAUUUGUGUAUAAAGAUAUAUUUAAGUGUUUUCGAUAAAUUUAAAUUACUCCAUAUGAAAUGUUUAAUUUCAGUUACUGUGAAUUCUUUUGAUCAGUUCUUUGCUGUUUAAAAAACCCUUUCCAUCCUAUUAAAAAGAAAAUUAGCUAUUAAGAGGUAUUAAAAGAUCCAAAUCUUCAGAUGGGCAGGGUUAAAGCCUUUCGUGAUUAUAUUUAAAUGUAUAUUUUUGAGAGAGAUGCUACAUUGCCAAUGAUUUUAUACAUAAUUUAAAAUUAAUUUACAAAUUUAUGGAUGCAAACCAAAAGAUUUUAAAAGAAAGAAAAACAUCACCUUUUAUUUGUUUAGGUCUUACUGUCGGAAGUAUUAUUCAGAUCAAGAAAUCUGUUGAUAAACCUGAUCCCACGUUAAUUGGAGAGUGAAUGUCAUUAGGUAUCUCAGAAAUGUCUCUAAAAAAUGUUUCUAAAGAAAGUGUUAUCUCCCUAGCUUCUUAUUACAUUUCCAAUCGCUUCAUACUUCACAGUUUCAAUACAAAAUACAAGCUAUACUUUAUAACAAGUUCUGCGAGUUUCUUUAAAACUGUUGUUAUAUUCCAGUUAAAUGCUUCUGUCUACAAAGUCUUUCGUUACUUCAGCAGGCUACACCCUAUUCACAGAGACCAUUUGGUUUUGUUUGUUGUUCAAGCUAAAGCUAUGUUGAAAUGCUCUAAACUCCCAAGGCAGAGGGUCCGUGUAAUGCCCUCUAGCUUUUCGUGAUGUGUUUACCAGCAAUUACUCUGUAUUUUAAGAGUCAGAGACAUCUGUCUGAGCUGUUUCUAUAGCAUUUUCUAUACAAACAAAUGAAAAUGGUCUUUUCCUUGUCUGUAAUAAGAUUGUAAACCCAUUUUCUGUGAGUGUUCUGUAGUGGGCAUGGUUGUGGGUGUGUGGGGUGCGCACACGCGUGCCACUCUUUUCGUACUGUAACUACCUCAUGGUGUGAGUGAUGCUCGUACUGCUGGGUGUGUUAACAGAGCACAUUUUGUUGGGUGACUUGUGUGUGUGUGACCUUUUUCCUGUUUGUUUUAUCUGGGGGUUGUUCAUGAAACUGACAGAUGUUUUUCUAAAAAGGACUAUUAUCAGUUUCCAAAUACAAUACUUCUCUCUUCUGGUUUUUCCUGAGUGAGCCUGAUUUUGUUGCUGUUUUUCAUCUAUCAGGGUAAAAAGAGUACCCUUAAAAUCCCUGUGGCCAGUUUGAACACCCCUGUUGUAUUCUUUUCUCUGUUCAAUGUGUUGGCAAUUUUAUGAACAUGCUUAGAUGUAUAGUUUUGAUAACCACAGUUUUAAGUCCUUUAUCUGUGCAUAAUAAAAAUGAUAUAUAUCAAUUUA